UGUCGACGUGGGCAGGGAGGCUUUUGCGGACACAAACAAAUAUUCAUGCCCCGCAGGAGCGAAGCGUGGCAUGACAGGACCAUUUGGAGGCGACCCCGCUGACCUGUGAAAUUAUGUGGCUCAAACCCGAAGAGAUACUGCUGAAAAACGCCUUGAAACUGUGGGUGACCGAGAAGGAUAAUGAGUAUUUUGUGGUUCAAAGGAGGCGAGGCUACGGCGAGGGCGGAGGCGGCUUGACAGGUCGCCUUGUGGGAACGCUGGACGCAGUGCUGGACUCCACAUCCAAAGUUGCUCCUUUCCGCAUACUGCACCACACGCCAGACUCGCAAGUGUAUUGGGCCGUAGCAUGCGGUGUGUCCUUAUGCGUCACCAAGGAGGAGAUAUUCCAGCACUGGGAUUGGCUGCAGCAAAAUAUCAUGAGGACGCUCUCUGUUUUUGACUCCAGCGAGGACAUCACCAGCUUCGUGCAGGGAAAGAUCAGAGGUCUGAUUGCUGAAGAAGGCAAGACGUCCCACGUGCUGGAGGAUGAUCCAGAGAAGUUCAGAGAGGCGUACUUGAGGUUCGAGAAUUGGUUUGCGCUGCCGCCGCAGGAAAAGCUGGUCACGUAUUAUGCCUGCAGUUACUGGAAAGGCAAAGUGCCCUGCCAGGGUUGGCUCUACCUCAGCACCAACUUCCUCUGUUUCUACUCCUACCUGCUGGGAGCUGAGGUGAAAUUAGUCAUCUCGUGGGACGAGAUCUGGAGGUUGGAGAAAACAUCAAACGUCAUCCUGACUGAGAGCGUUCAUGUGGUGGCUCACGGGGAGGAUCACUACUUCUCCAUGCUGCUGCACCUCAACGAAACAUUCGUCAUCAUGGAGCAGCUAGCCGACUACUCCGUUAAGCGCCUUUUCGAUAAAGAGGCCUUUGAAAGCGAGAGAGCACUCUCAGACCCGCUGCAGAUUACCAAGAGAGGCCUAGAGGCUCACGCGAAGAGUGAGCAGUUCCGGACAUUUUUCCGGCUUCCCAAAGAGGAAAAUCUGUUAGAAGUGCACGAGAGUUUCCUGUGGGUGCCUUCCAGCCAUUUUAAUACACUUGGCAAGAUGUGUCUAUCUGAGAACUACUUGUGUUUUGCCAGCCAGGACGGGAGCCAGUGUCACAUCGUCGUUCCAAUGCGCGAGGUCGUAAAUGUCGAGAAGCCAGAUUCCAGCAGCCGUGCUUUAACAGUGUAUGUGCGCGGGAAAAGGGCGCUCCGUUUCACUGAGGUGCGGGACUACCGGCGUCUGGCGACAACCGUCCGCGACAGAUGCGGGAUUAGUGCCAGCCCUCAGCACGCCGCCUCAGCAGAGGUCAUACGAGGCGAAUGUCAGUCGCUCAUCAACCACUUUGAGGACAAUCCAGAGGACGUGACUCUCAUGGUGGGCCAGAAAGACGGCAGCAAGGCAGUGAGCACAGAGGCUCUCAUGACGGUUUUCCACCCGCAGGAUGUUGAAAACCUUGACCCCAAAAUGCUUAAAGAGAAGAUGAAGGAACAGUCUUGGAACAUCCAUUUUUCCGAGUACGGCCGUGGUACAUGUAUGUUCUUCACCAGGAAGACGCGUGACAUGAUUGUCCGUGGAGUUCCUGAAGCCUUGAGAGGAGAGCUCUGGAUGCUUUUCUCAGGCGCCGUAAACGACAUGGCAACUCACCCUGGCUAUUAUACGGAGCUGGUGGAACAGUCUCUGGGCACGAGCACGUUGGCGACGGAAGAGAUCGAGCGAGACCUACAUCGCUCUCUGCCAGAUCAUCCCGCCUUCCAGAGCGAUACCGGAAUCUCCGCCCUACGCAGAGUCCUCACCGCAUACGCUUGCAGAAACCCUAAAAUUGGCUACUGCCAGGCUAUGAACAUUCUCACCUCUGUGUUGCUGCUCUACGCCAAGGAGGAGGAAGCCUUUUGGCUGUUAGUGGCCGUCUGCGAGAGGAUGUUACCGGAUUACUUUAACCGGAGAAUUAUAGGGGCUUUGGUCGACCAGGCUGUUUUCGAGGAUCUGAUUCGAGAGAACCUCCCCCAGCUGGUGGAGAACAUGACGGACCUGAGUUUCUUCUCGUCCGUUUCGUUGUCCUGGUUUCUCACCCUCUUUAUCAGCGUGCUGCCCAUCGAGAGCGCCGUCAACGUGGUGGACUGCUUUUUCUACGACGGCAUCAAAGCCAUCCUGCAGCUGGGCCUGUCCGUGCUCGAUUACAACGUGGAAGCUCUGAUCAGAUGCCACGACGAUGCCGAGGCCGUCACCAUCCUCAACAAAUUUUUUGAUAGUGUGACAAACAAAGACAGCCCAUUGCCACCAACCGUGCAGCAAGCCCCCGUGGGCAACCACGAGAAAUCGACCCACUUAAACGUGGACAUCAGCGAACUGAUCCGGAAAGCCUACGAGAAAUACGGCAACAUUCGCUCAGAGGAGGUUGAGAGUUCACGGAAGAGGAACAAGCUGUUUGUGAUCCAGACACUGGAGGACACCACCAAGCAGAACGUUAUCCGUGUAGUGUCCCAAGAAGUCAAAUUUACUCCUGCCAAGCUUGACGAGCUUUACAAUUUGUUCAAAAGGCAGCAUUUUCUGAGUUGCUACUGGACAAUGAAGAGUCCAGCACUGGUCCACCACGACCCGAGUCUGGCCUACUUGGAGCAGUAUCAACUGGGCUUCCAACAGUUCAGUGUGCUCUUCUCCCUGCUGGAGCCUUGGGCUUUUUGCACCAACAAGAGCACGCUUUCUCUUUGGGUUUUCCGUUUAAUCGACGAGAACCAAGACGGCUUAGUCAACUUUAAAGAGUUCUGUUGUGCCCUCGAUCAUUUGUACUGCGGAUCUUUCACAAAUAAGCUAAAGUUCCUCUUCAAGCUGCAUUUACCACCAGCUUUCACAGGAAGUCCUUUGCACGUACAGGAACCAAGAGUCCCAAACUUUUCCGCUGCGACAGAAGGCGCCCCUCACUUGAGUAGACUUCCUGACUUUGAUCUUCCAGAAGAUGGCGUGAUUAAGAAAAGUCCUGAGAGAGGUCGAGGAAAAGUGGACCUGCAGGCCUACCUGAAACAAUGGCAGAAUGAAAUACUUAGGAAAGAGGAAACCAUCAAGGACCUUCCUCGAAUUAACCAGGCUCAGUUCAUUCAGUUCUCCAAGACCCUGUACAACAUUUUCCACGGCGACGCAGCGGAGGAGUCUCUGUACCGCGCCGUGGCCCACGUGACCAGCCUCCUCUUGAGGAUGGAGGAGGCGGGCCGCAGGCUGCAGGAGCCCGGCGGCGCGAGGGCCGCGCUCCCGCCGGCCUCUGUCGACGCGAGCCCCCGGGAAGCGGGGCCCGAGCUCCCCGAGCCCGACUGGUCCUUCUCGUUCGAGCAGAUCCUGGCCUCUCUGCUCAACGAGCCGGCCGUUGUCGGCUUCUUCGAGAGACGCGUCGACAUUCAGAGUAAAGUGAUCCGAGCCCAAGCGGCCCAGCUGAAGCAAGCGGUCGGAUAGCUUAGUAAGACCGACGAGGAUCGGCGGAUGAAGGGCAAAAAGGGCUGACGGGUUUGAAAGGUGCAUGCAUCUUGUCCGUCCCGUUUUGGUCCCGUUUCUGUGUGUCGCUCGUUCUGCAGAUUCCACGGGCAGGGUCCCAUUUCUGCAUCUGUUAAGGGUACAGUGUUUGAAAGGUCUGAUAGAAGAGCUUUUUCUAUAACCGCCGAAGUCAUGCCGCCCUCUGUAUCAGCCUCCUUUUCCUUUUGCAAAUGUACAGCUAAUGCUUAUGACCAACGUGACGUAUGUGUGUUUUCCUGUAAACUUGUUUGGAGGAGACUCAUCUUGUCAUUUGUUCGCUCGGCGGAGAGCUGCCCGUGAAGGUCAUUGAAGGGUUUUUAUUUCAAUUUUCCUCACACAUCUCAGGGUGCAAUUAACGUGCUUUCAGUGUUUGAUCCUGAGAGAAAUAGUUUGACGUUCCACAAGAUUAUUGUUGAGCAUGUGUAGCGCGCACGUUUGCAGCAUUGCGAUGCUGGCCUGCAAACUACAUGCGAAGCGUGUCUCGCUUUCCGUUGCUCUGCGCUUUUGCCGCUUGUUGCACAUUAUCGAGGCGUUCGACUUCAAGAGCUUCUGGAUGCUUUCGUUGUAGCGUUUCAUCUCCAUCUACACACACAUUUCAAACUUUUGCUCUUGUCGGGUAGGAAAAGACUGUUCCAGAAGGGAUUUGAGAGCUGCUGAUUUCUUAUAUUUGUUCUAGCGUUUAACAUUUAUAUUCUGUACUGCAAUUGUAUGUACAAACCAGCGUCACCUUUGAGAACCGAUGAUGAUGAUCGAUACGCCAAUAUGUCCGGACGUGUUUACUUUGGUGCAAACUGUAGAUGACUGAUGGCGUCAGUAAUUAAAGCCAUACUCGUUAUUCCAAUACGAUGGCUUUCCCGAUGCAUUUAAAUAGUUAAGUCAUAUAACAGAUAGACUUAAGCCUAAUUGAUCAAAGAUGUAUUGAACUGAUUUAAAAGAGAGUUAGUUGUUGAAUGUAUUUUUGUUACGCAAUUGUCCAUGGCAAGAAUGAAUUAUUUUUACAAGCGUGCUCUUCUUGUUUUGUCCAAAUAUAAGAAUUGAAUUGCAAAACCGACAAUUUCAAAGUAAGCUUGCUGCGUGUGGGAGGAUUUGACAUUUGAAUUUCGGUUGUAUAGACACUUGCACAUUUCACUAGAACUUCUUUAGUUUUGUUUUUCGAAAGGGAAACGUCGUCGGACGUUGAUUGGAAACAAUUUCACAUGACGGCUUUGUAGGGAUUUUAUUAUUAUUUUUAUUGUAAUUCCAUGAAGGUAGAUUUCUAAAUCCUGUGGAGUGCAGUAGUAUUUGAUUCACCAAGUGAUUUUUAAAUGUGCAGUGAUUGUCUGCUGCAUUAUCAUAAUGUAUGACUUGCCUAUACUUCUCUUGCUUGUUGUAGUUUCUUUUUUCUUUUUUUAUAUUGUUGUUGUUGUUGUUGUUGUUUCAAAGUAAUCAAGAGUAAAGAGUGGUCCUUCUUUAAUUGCUACGGUUUACCUGCUUAAUUUGAUGAGAUCAACACACAGGCUACCCUGCAACGAUGCCUAAAGUCAUACAAAUGUUGCCGUUGAGCAAACGCAGCCGUUAUUGUCUUUGUAAAUGGCGGAGUCGGUUACAGAGAGAGAGUUUUCAAACGGGGUCGUAUUUGAUCUUGUACGUCUCCCAAUUCCCAAAGGUGUGGGAAAAUGUCUUAUGAGACCGAGAUUGAACUUUCUGGCCGUCAUUCCGAAAGAUUUGGCACGACGCGACACUGUUGAUCACCAAAAGAAUGUGAAACGUGUUCGCGCUGGCAGAAUCAUGCUUCUGGUCUGUCUGGUCCUCAGGCAAGCUGGAGGAAAUUGUCAACGGUUCCAAAGACAAGGCGACAUUAAGGUGAAGAUUUACUGAAUUGAGGCGUCUGCUAGAAAGCACAAUAACAACAACAACAACAAAAUCAAUGUAUUCAUUCAUGGUGGGAAAAAAGUUUAGAAAUUAUUUCUCUUUCUUUUUUUGUAUCACAAGACAAAAAAAUCACGUGAACAGGGGUGACGAGACUUUUUAUGUCCGCGGUACUCCCCAUCUACGGACGUCAAAAUGACCACAAGCGCAUCGGUAGCAAAAAGAUGAUUUUGUGUGGCCUAUUAAAGAGCUAUCUUGC